AUGAAGAAGCUGCUCGGCGCCGCCGCGCUCGACCUCGAACUCGUUUCUCGAGACAUUCUUCGUCUCGCACCACUCGUCGUCGUCGUCGUCGCGGAUUUCAAAGUGGACGACGCCGCUUCUUCGAGCGACGACGGGAAAAGAACGACGACGACGACGACGACGACGACGACGACGGCGAACGCCUCCGCCUCCUCCAAAUUGGAAAAGCUUUUCCUUCGCGCCGCGGAUGGCGUCCAGUACGCUUUACUCGAGAGGAGCAAGACGACGCGUCAGCAUCAUCAGUCGAUGACCACCACAGAAAACUACGUAGGCGUCGUCUGUUCCUCUUCCGAUGGAGAAGUCGUUUACGCGUGGCUGACCGCCUCGAGGUUUGUUCUGAUGCUCGCGAUGACGAGAGAGACAGAGGAGGAUGAUGAGGAGGAAGAAGAGGAGGAGUUUGUGGUCAGGAAAAAGUUUCAAGCGAUGGAGAGCGCGUUGACGAGAGCGAGGAUGAAUCCGUUCUUUGAGGAAGAGGAGGAGAAGGACGACGACGACGACGACGACGAGAGAGGGAAGGAGGCGGGCGGGAAGAAGUGGGAGUCGUUCAGGCAGGCGCUCGCAAACGCGGCGGAAGUUUGA